AAAAUGAAGUCAGGACUCUACAGUCUGUUCAUCCUUCUCCUGUCGGAGAUUUUCAGCUCUAUUGGUGACUCUUCAGUUCAGGAGGUGAUCGGUGCUGUAGGCGACUCUGUUACGUUUCCUUUACAUGUUCCUGUUUCUGGGAGUAUAAUUUAUAAAAGUGAUAUAGUUGGACUGGUGUUAAAUAGUCAUAGUGAGAUAAACGAUGAGAGGUUUGUGAAUCGUCUUCGUUGGCACAAUCAGCGUGGGUUCUUCACUCUCUCAGACCUGAGACCAGAUGAUUCAGGACUUUACACAGUUCAGAGCACUAAAGACAUAAAGGGAAAACAGGAGUAUCGUCUGGACGUGUACGAGAGAGUUUCAGCUCCUCAGGUGAUGAACACAACCAACAGUUCUGCAGAGUUCUGUUCAUUACUGUGUUCUGUGAGGAACGUCAGAGGACUGAAGCUCGUCUGGUCUGAAGACCGCGGUUUAUUAAACCAAACUAUCAGCAACUCCACGUCCAACACCAUACUGAGUCUUCAUCUAGAAAUAAAGAAGACGGACAAAGACAGACAGAGAAACUUCAGCUGUGAGGCUUCCAACCGAAUCAGUAAGGAGACGACUACAAUCGACGUCACACACGUCUGCUCUCUGGACAAAGCUACGAGACGAGGUUUGGAGGCUCGAGUGUGGAGUGUGAUGUUCAUUACAGUCGUGUUUGUUGUGAUGUCACUAAUGAUUAUAGUGAUUGUGGCGUUUCUGAGGAAAAGGAGAGAAAGUGAAUCGAGCUGGUGUGCAGAAGACAGGUAUGAAUCUGGAUAA